AUGGGAAGUUUUCGUUGUAUAAUCCUCUGUGUUUAUGCCUUUAUCAUCAACGUGCCUGGAUCCGGUGAAAGGCUUUCAAAUUGUGGCUGGUGGAGUCAAGCACAUCAUAUGGUCUUUCAGAAGAGGUUAGAGUACGGAUUUAAUGGCUAUCAGGUUCCGUCCAUGCCCCGAGCUUCUCGCUCAGUUAGGAGGAGAGCUAAAUUUCAAAGAGCAGAAGACAAGCAAAAGUGUGCAUUUGACUUAUUGGCCACCGUAGCUGGUAAACUUUUGCAGGAGAGAGAGAAUCCAGCCAUUUCUAGUGAUACAUCAUUACAAAAGGAACAGUGUAGAUUUCUCGAAGAGUGCCAAGAUGCAAAUAAACCAUCAAAAUCUGAGCUUUCUGUCGAAAGAAGUUGUGACAAAAAAAGUUUGACAGGAUUCCCACAUCUUGCAAAUGAUGGCCACGUAGAGAUUGCUUCUACAGUAACAAGUUAUAGUUGCUUAGAGAGGUUCAUUGCAAAAGAAUUGGUGGAUGGCAAUAGCCAAAUCAAAAAGGAAAAUGUUACGAGCGAAGUUAAAUUAGAUUCUUCUGGUUAUCAUCAAAAGGAUAGUCAUUUCAUGUUAGAUGGCGAUACUAGUAAAGGAAAGGAUGAGAUGCAUGAGUUGGAGAAGGUGCCAAUUGGCAGUGGGAUUGAGAUGUAUAGUUUUGGGGAUCCGCUGGAUGAAAGUCAACCUGCAUUGAUCAGUUUAGGUUGCAAUGCCAAAUUGUCUGGGUUUAAUGAUAGGAUUCCCUGUAGCUUGUUGUCCAAAAGUUGUGAAAAUGUACCAGUAGUUAGUAGAGAUGAUGACGAAAACUCUUCUGGGUGUACUCACCCUAUUAAUACUAAAACUAGGUCCCUUAGGCCGAAGACUUGUACAGGCGAUAACAGUAUAAGUAAAAGACUGGCUUCUAACUUUCAGAAAGUUGCUCAAAAACCGAAGCAUAAUACACUCUCUAACAGUGAUGGAGUUCGGAAGCAAACUUACCACAGUAAGAGGAAGUGCAAUAAACGCCAAAGUUCUCAGAUGAAUAUUCCUUUCAAAAAAAGGAAGCUUUUUAAUUAUAAGUCAGUUUCAAAUUCUAAUGGGUUUACCAGGAGUGGUGGAAUUUAUUAUUCACCCGAGAAUUGUAUGAAUCAGGAUGCUUGUGGUUCAUCUCCUGGGAUGCACAGAGACCCUGGAAUAGCAUCCUUGGAAGCAUGUCCACACCAGAAGUUACGACGAAUAGGUUCUCAUGUGAAGCUUAGGAUCAAGUCAUUUAGAGUGCCAGAGCAUUUUAUAGAGGUUCCAGAAACUGCAACAAUUGGAUCCUUGAAGAGGACAGUGAUGGAUGCAGUGACUGCUGUUCUUGGAGGUGAAUUGCACAUUGGUGUUAUUCUGCAGGGAAAGAAAGUCAGGGAUGACACUAAAACUCUACUUCAAACCGGUAUUUCUCAUCAUAACCAGCUUGAUGCUUUGGGUUUCACCCUGGAGCCUAAUUCUUCUCAAAGCCUACCGAUUGUAUGUGCUGCACAUUCUCCCCGUCCUGGCGCUGACAUAACUCCGCCUGUAACAAGGUACCCUUCCAGUCAUGCUGUAAUUCAUCGGAGCAUUCAAGGCAAUUCUGGCAUGUUACCGGAGCAUCAAGUAACCAGUUUUGCUAGCCAUUUUGAAAGUGACCAUGAUUCAACACCUUCCCCUGCUAACACUUCCGUUGACAAAGAUAUGGACGAUUCCAAAGAAUUGGUUACUGUUCUUGAAAUGGAUAGGGAGGAACUAGCUAUGGUACCUGUACUUCAGAAGCCAAGGCGAUCCCAGAUGGUACAGCGCCGUAUUCGCAGGCCUUUCUCUGUAGAUGAAGUAGAAGCACUGGUUCAAGCAGUUGAAAAACUCGGAACCGGAAGGUGGCGCGAUGUUAAGCUUUGUGCUUUCGAUAAUGCAAAGCAUCGAACAUAUGUGGAUUUGAAGGUAAAAGAGUUUGUGACUCCUUUUGCUUGGAAAUUGCAGUAUGAUAAAUGGAAAACACUAGUGCACACGGCAAGAAUAUCCCCUCAGCAAAGGAGGGGUGAACCUGUUCCCCAAGAACUUUUGGAUAGGGUUCUAGUGGCCCACGCAUAUUGGUCCCAUCAGCAGACUAAGCAACAACACAAGGAGCAUCCAGAAACUGAAACUGUCUUCUCCUUUAAUCCUAAAGGCCAGGGGUUGUCUGCAGCAAGUGACCAUGUGGAUGCUAGUGCAUUGAAAUAUUUUUCCAUUUCCAGGAAGAAGAAUAUUUUGGUGAUGGAAUCCGCAAGACAUGAUAUGAUCCAUGCUUCUUAUGUUCAUCAUUCUCGAUCUCCUUAA